CGCCGGCCUGUCGCCAUUCUCGCCCUUCAACACAUCGCGCGCGCUCCGGCUUUCGCGCGUCUGCAUCAUUUGGUCGACGACUUCCAACUACGUUCGCUCGCUCGGCCUGGGCUCGUUCCCAGCGCCCUAUUCGCCGCCUGCGCCCUGCAACUAACCCCCGUGCGGCUCUACGGGGGGGGACCUCGACGGACUCUUGGUUCCACUAGCCACGGUCGUGUCGAAAGUCAAAGUACCACCAUCAACGACCAUCUGUCAAUCCAGUUCAUGCAGACAUCUCACCGGUGCAUGGGCAGAUCUUUAUUUAUCACCAGACGACCGAAGUCUAGGUCCUGCCAUUCGUCGUAAUGGCUUCACGGUACUCGAGAUACGAGCGAUCCAGGUCGCCUCGAGACCGUUCUCCCGAGCGCUAUGACCGUGCCGCGCAGUAUAGCGAUGGCGACAGGCGCCGUUCCUCUGCCGAGGUGAGGUCCAACAACUCGACCUUCGCACCCGCUCGCGAGUCGUUUGGCGACCCAUUACGAAGGGAGCCCCCUCGAGGCCCCAAGGCGUUGAUAGAUCCACCCAGCGGCCCUCGAGGCGGAGGCUUCGCCGGGGACUUCAGAGGUGGUCGCGGACGCGGCCGAGGGCGCGGAUGGUCUUCCAGAGAUGAGAGUAGGGAUCGCGGACGAGACCGAGACAUCGAUUAUCGCGAGCGAUACCGGGACGAUCGGAGUCGAGAGCGCGAGCGCGAUCGCGACCGAGACAGAGACUGGCGCGAUGCAAGAGAUUUUAGGGCACGACGUUCUCCUAUCGGCCGGGCAAGGUCGCCAACACGAGAUUUCCGAGAUCGAGAGCGCGAUGGACCCCUUGGAGUUGACGCGGAUAGGUCUCGACGUGGCUCACGAGACGGCGGCCCUCCGUCAGCGGGCUCCUCAUCAUCAGACCCCCAAUUCGGCAUGUCACAAUUCCCUCGCGGGGGUGGCUUCCACCGUGGCCGCGGAAGAGGACGAGGUGAUUGGCCUGCCGAUCGCGGUCGGGGAAGAGGACCGUAUAUGGACGAUCGAGGCGACCGUUACCCGCGCAGCAGGUCUCAGGAGGGCCGCUGGGUUCGGGAACGGGAAGAACGAGAUCGAAUGGAACGGAUGGACCGAUAUGGAGAAGCAGACCCCCGACGCGACCCUCGAGACGAACCCCCCCGUGAGCGUGAACUAUUCCGGUCGAAAAUGGAGGCUCGCGCAAACGCCGGACACGAGACUGCGCCUUCGAACAAGGAGGUCUCGCCCCCUCCAGUUGCACCGUCAGCACCAGCCUUUGGAUCAGUUCCGAAUAGAGCCUUGAGCGUUGGAGACGGUUACGCGCCAGCCAGUGCCGCCGGAAAGGCUCCUCCAACGGCCCCACGAGCCUUCGGUGACCGGCCUCUCUCUGCCGGGCAUUCUGGCGGACAUGAAUCCUCUGUUUCUCAACCCGGCCUGGGCAAGCCCCUCGACAGCCCGCCCAUCCCCGUUGGACCUCGCGCCCAACAGCAAAAGCCGCAACAACGCCCGUCGAGCAAGCAAUGGAUCAAUCCCAACCUAAAAAAGGCCCCGGAUUCUCCCAAGAUGAUGAGGUCGCCAAGUUUUGUACAGCAUCGACCUCCCCCCCUUCGACCUGACAGCUCCCAGCAUGACCACCACGAUGACGACAGACGACCUCGCAGUAGUGAUGCAAAGUCGGACUCUUAUCUCUCCGGCAUUGACAACCGAGCACGCUCCCAGUACAGCGCCGAGCCAGGAGAAAUCACCGUCAAAUCCGAGCGAGAGUCGCAAUCAGCUCGGGUGUCGAUGGAUCGGGACAUUCGGACUUCCAGGGAUGCUAACCGAGGGGGACCAGGCCCAUCGCCGACGAUCGAAAGCGUGGCCAAGUUCCCUCGAGGUCCAACCGAGCGGGCCGACGAGUCUAACCAAGCCCAGAAGGACACACCGAAACGAAAACGGAGGGGGCCACAUAUUGCGGUUGUGAGAUUCGAGCUACCGCCCAAGACUGCGCCGCCAGAGCAGAAUUCCGAGUCCGACGAUGAUGACGACAUGGCAGAUUACUUUGCUAUGGAAAUCGAAAAAACCGAAGCGGAGUUGGCGAAGCUUGAAAAGCCGAAGCUACCUACCGAAGUGAUGGCUCGCUUCGCUGCUCUAUCUCAUGGAUCCAUGGUUAAGAUUCUCAGCGAAGGCGAAGGACUGAUGGAAAUGAUGGGGCCAUUAUCCGAAAUCGUGGUUCAAUUGGACGAAGAAGUUGAGGAGGCCAAGGAAAUCAAGGAGGUCAAAGAAACUGUUGAGAUCAAGGAAGUCGAGCAGGUCACAGAAACUGUUGAGAUCAAGGAAGCCGAGCCAGCCCAGAUCGUGAAAGAGGUCAAGGAACUAUCGUCUACCGUUCAGAGACCGAACAUGGAUUUGGAUGAGCAGAAGAUGGACAUCGAUAUCGAGAUGACCGACGUUCCUGCCUCUCCUAAGGUGCCAGAGGAGAUUGAAGGACCCCCGAAGGAGCCUGAGAAGAAACUCGAGGAGAUUUCCGAGAAGGCGUCUGAGAAGAAGUCCGAGAAGGAAUCCGAGGAGCUCGUGGAGAAACAGCUCGAGAAGCAACUGGAGACGCAGUCAGAAACGCAAUCCGAGACGCAGCUUGAGAAGCAACUUGAAAAACAGCUCGAAACUCAACUUGAGGAGCAGCUUGAAAAGCACCCCGAAAGGCAGCCCGAGAAGCCGCUCGAGAAUCAGCCCGAAAACGACACCGGAAAACAGCUCGAAACCCAACCUGGCCAUGAGAUCGGUAAGGAAGAUGCGAAGCAAUCCGAAAAGCAGCCCGCAAUGGAGCCCGAGCAUGCCGCAGAGAAGGCAUCGGAGACCGCACUUGCGAAAGAAUCCGAGCCCAUCCCAACUGUGGAAAAGGUGGAAGAGCCCGUGAAGGAGAUCGCGAAGGAGACCGUCACAGAGACCAUUAAGGAGACCGUCAAGAAACCCGCCAAUGAACCCGUCAAGGAACCCGCUGCGCCACCGCUUGAACCAAAGACCGAGGAGAUGGAGAUUGACACACCGACCGCGGCAGUCCCCCCCACCCCCGAUAACGCUAUUCCUACUCUCGAGGUCAGCUCUAAGGGAGACGCAGUUCAGAAGCUCACUCCUGCCCCAGAGGCAGAGCUUGCGAAGCCCUUGGAGACCCCCCAAGAGAAGCCCGCACCUACACCUCUCGAGGAACCUCAGCCCGCCGACAAUGCCUUGAACGUUCCGCUGGAAACAACUGAGGUAGCCUCCAAGCCACCAAGUACACCUUCCCAGGUUGACGACGACGAAACCGAAUCAGAAGACGACUCCUACAUGAACAUCGACACUGUUCGGCAGUACAUGGCCACCCCUCCGAUUGACAGCCUGCCCGACUACAGUUGCAUGCCAUGGGACAAAGACAGAGAUUUCCUCAACACAUUGCAUUCGGACUCGAUCAUCGAUGAAUACGUCAUUGAGCAACUCGACAAGAUCUCACUUGAGAAAACAACAGAACAAGACAGUGAACGUAAGAUCUACGCGGAUAAUUACGAGCACUACCUUAAAUUUACUGCAUCGAACGACCCCGCCGCUGUCAAAAGCCGAGGCAAAUUCUCCGUUUCAACUGCUGUUGAAGUACCUGGCACCGUAACGCCUGAGCAAAAGCACGAAGGCAGUGGCCGUGGUCGACGUUUUGCGACAGAACGGGACCUGGAGCGAGUCUUGCAGGCAUCCAUGCGAGAGGAUGAAGAAAGAAGAGAGCGCGAGCUAAGGGCGCAGAAGGAGAAGUACCGCACCGAGAAAGAGGCCAUUAUCCCGGAUAUGAUUUGGACAGAGGAAGACAAAGACAACAUCCAAUAUCUUGACCAGUCUGGCUUUACCCCCCCUGAGAGGUUGGUCUCAGCAUGGCGCGUUUUGCCUCCUGUUAACAAUUUUACCGAGGAAGAAUGCGGUCUGUUCGAGAAGCGAUACUUGGAAGCGCCGAAGCAGUGGGGGCGAAUUGCGGAGGCUGUGCCGCAUCGAGACUUUGGCAGUUGCAUCCAAUACUACUACAUGCGAAAGAAGGAGCUUAAUCUUAAGGAGAAGCUCAAGAAGCAGCCUAAGAGGCGCAAGAAGGGUGGACGAGGCAAACAAAGAUCCAGUGCGCUGGUAUCCGAACUUGGGAAUGGCGAACCCGAAGCCGAAGAGAACCACGAAACUGGAGAGAAUGGCGAACGGAGAAGACCGCGACGAGCUGCUGCGCCAACAUGGGGAUUCGAGCAGCCCCCUGUUGAUACUGAGAACUCAACGCCGUCAGGAACUCCGGGUCGCCGUGGAAAUUCUGCUGCGGCCAAGGGCGAUGGUGAGAAGGUCGAUGGCAGGAAGGGACGACGGAAGGCGGCCAAGGAUAAGGAGCCCAAGGCCCCUAAGGUUAACCAGACACUGGCAGCGGCUCCUGCAGCCGGGACUGGCAAAGGACGCUCACGAUCGAACUCGCGGGCCCUCAACGUCGAGCCACAACAACCUCCUCCACCCCCCGAGGUUGCUCGCAUGCCGACUCAGUUCGAGCAGCCAUCGUCCAUAAUCCAGCCGCCGUUCCCCGUCCAGCCGUCGCAACAACCGCCCGUCCAGCCAUUGGAAAGGGCCCCGCCUAUUGUGUCGACUAUUUCCGAAGUAAUGGCAGCGCCUUCGCUCCGGCCGGAGCCUCCACCUCAACCGGCCAUGACCACCUUCAAUUUGGCUCAGCCGCAACAAGAACGGAAAGCGCCGACUCAAGCCUCAAGCUACUGGAGUGUGUCCGAAUCUAAUGACUUCCCACACCUCUUGCGGGCGUUUGGGUCGGACUGGACAGCGAUUGCGGCUCACAUGGGAUCUAAGACGGCAGUGAUGGUCAAGAACUACUUUGUCCGACAGAAGGACCAAGGUAAGACCGAAUGGGAGGCCAUCGUGCAAGAAGCAGACGGGAAACGAGCCAGAGGCGAGAAGCGGCCGGACCCCCCUCAGCCAUCGACCAGCGGCCGAGGCAGGAGAUACGAUACCUCUGCGGCGAACGCGUCGAGGCCGCUUGCUGUUGCUCCUGGUAUCGAUCUACAUAAUGAACCGGUGCAAGGCAAGAUGGACGCCGCCGGCCAACCUCCCCGAGGCCCACAGUUUGCGGGCGGCUACGGAGUUCCCAUCGCACAGGCGCCAGUCCAACAACCGCUUGCUCAACCACAACAGCCGCCGUUGGCUAUGCAGCAGCACCCACCGCCCCAACCAGUCUCGCAAGCGAUGUCGCCAGGUCCAAGGCCUCUGCGAGCCCCUCCGUUUGGAUUCCCUGACCGUGAUCGUGAGCCUGUACAACAGCGAGUGCCGCUGCCUCAAAAGGCCCCGGCAGGUCCCCCUGUUACGGAAUCUCGAGAGCAGCGACCGUUGGCGGCCGCACAGCCCCUACAACCGGCUCAGAACGACCCAAUGCACGAACAAAAUGCUCACACAGAGCGACAGAAGAUGGAGAUGAUGCGGGAGCAGCAGCAGCAACAGCAGCUGCAGCAGCAACAACGGGAGCAGCAACAGCAGCAACAACAUCAACAACAUCAACACCACCAACAACAGCAGCAGCAGCAGCAGCAGCAGCAGCAGCAGCAGCAGCGGGAGAGGGAGAGGGAGAGGGAGAUGUCUCGGCCACCAGAGCGGCAGACGCUUCGAGUCAAGCAAGAGCCUGAGGUGGCACCGCAGCAACACCACUAUGAGCCUUUCGGUCACCGCCAACAUCCAAGCCUUGGCCAGACUCUGGCACGGCCACCACCUCAAGAGACCGGUCGACCUCAGUCUUAUCCUCCACCUGCCCAGCAGCAAACGCCUUCACAGCCAGUCCGAAACUUGCUCAGUGAACAGCCCCCUGUUCAGUCACCUCAGAUGGGCACUCCUACCAACCGGCCAAUCUCGUCGCUGCAGCAAAGGCAGUCAUCGGGCUCAAUGCAGCAAUACGGUUCACCACCUCAGGCUAAUACCCCUACUCCGGUGGCAGCAGCACCACCGCCUCGGCCCUCGGAGCCUCGAAAGGGACUCAACAUCAUGUCAUUGCUCAAUGACGAUGCGCCGCCGCCACCGAAGCGGGUCACUGAGGUCGUUAGCACUCCUGUGAGGCCGUCACCGACCCCUCCACCUCAAAACAUGGGUCGCCCACCUCCCCCUCAAAUGCGUCGGGAGCCAGAGCCUCAGUAUCCUCCGUACGGCCGAGCACAGUCUGGACCGUCGGGAAUGCCAUCCCUCAAACCGACAUACGCAGAAUCGCCUCAGCCUCAGCAUAUUGGUCUUACAAGAGCAUCGCUUGGAGUGUCAGACCCAGCUGUUGGGGAGAGGGACUAUUACCGCCAAAACCCAUACCAGCCAACGCAGCCAAGCGGAACAAACUCACCCCAGAGCGCUCAUCGCUAUCCUCCCCCGAGCCAACCAGGACAGGUUCAGUACCAAGCUGGAUAUCCGACAUCGUACGGAGGGGGCCAACAACCCCAUGGCAGCUCGCCAACUGCCCAAUACGCGAUGCAUCCGUCGUCAUCUCGGUCGCGUGAGGUCCCUCAGAGCGGCCGUGAGAACUCGUGGCCACCUGCCCACCAACAAGGCCCACCGAGCCUUCAACAGCCGACUGGCUGGCCGUCACAACCUCCCCCGAAUACCUCACAGCCUCCCCAGCAGCAAUCGUGGUCAUCUCAGCAUGCCGUCACUAAGCCGGCAACGCCAGCACCCUCCUGGUCGUCGGCACCAGCACCACCCCCCCAACAACAGCCUCAUCACCUGUCCAUGAGGGACGAUGGGCGCAGCGGGCCGUACUAUGGGUCGGCGCCGCCGCAGCAGCCACCGCAGCACCAAAUGCAGGGACGAUAUCCGCCACCCACAUCGCGAGGACAGGAACCUGUCCAGCAGCCAGCCCAAGCCUACCCUCGGUAUGCCUCUACUCCAGGGCCGGCCCCUCGGGAUCCUAGAGAGAUGCCGGGCCGUAGCUACACUCCUGGUGGAUAUGACGCGCGUGGCCCACCGCAACAACCGGGUCCUUACCCCGGCCCAGACCCUCGAGACAUCCAAAUGAGAGAUGCCAGGGACCCCAGGGAUCCUCGAGACCCUAGAGACCCCCGAGAUCCUCGAGAUCCUCGCGACCCUCGCGAUCCUCGAGACCCUCGUGACCCACGAGAGAUGAUGGCUAGAAAUCUACGACCACCUCAUGAAUAUGACAGACAUCCUGAUCAAUACCGAAGAUGAGGAAGAGGAGGAUAGCGAAGAAGAGAAGAGAAGAGAAGAGAAGUGGACUUGUAUAUCAUUCGGUGGAAAGUGUGUCAACGUUCGGCGCAUGACGAAGGGACGUUUGGGUUGGGAUGGAAUGGGCAGGGCCAACUUGUAACUAUAUAGCCGUGCUUUUUUUCCUGUGUUUAAAAUACGUAGAUACUUUUGAAAGAUAUAUGUGAGAAGCCAAGAUGCAUUGAAA